AUGAAUAAUAAUUAUAUCCAAACCAGAUAGUGGGAAUAAUAAUACUCCAAACAUAAAAAGUCAGUCGAAUAAAUUGAGCAGAGAAACAACAAAUUCCCUGAUCAAGUCGAAGAAAUUCUAUAAAGAUGUAACAUAUAUCUUCCUAAUCAAGAAAAGGACGCAAAUAAAAAAGUUCAAAAUAGUUAGAAUUUCAAAUAAAAAGAAGUCCUCUCUAGAAUUACUGCUUCCAACCUUAUACUCUCAAAAAAGCUGUAACAAAUAGAAAAUAGAAAGCAAACCAAGUUUAUGUAAAAUCGGUUAUUAUCAAUUAUAAGUGAUGCUCCAAUCCGUCUGUCCACUAAGUCUAUCAGAGAUGAAAACUAUAAUAAAAUCAAAGUGGAAAAUCAUAAGCAAUUUGAAAGAAUUACUCAAGUUAAAGGAACACUAUAAAACUAAUGA